ACAUAUCAGGUGGCUGGUUAACGCCGCGCACUUUCGUAGUUAAUACCGUACCGCAUGCACGCGUGCGGGCGGGUUGUCUACUCUCACGGGGCCACAAGGAGCCAUUAAGGCGUCGAAAACGGCUAUGAACGUGGGCGGGGGCCAGCUUCACGUUGCACCGCCCACUUAUCUUACGACGCCGAGACUAAAGACCAUUCUAACCGGAAGAAUUAGCGCUCUUCAGAAAUCAGCUCGACGAAAUAAGUGCUCACAUCCUCAGCCCCUAAAUCUGGGGUCAAAAACAGCAUCCCGCCUGCGAAGUGGUGGGUAGGCAACCCACCGAUCGGUAUGCACCCGUCGCGUCCAGCGCGUCGGCGUCGGUCGCCUCGGGUACGACAGGUGCGACGGGUCGGGCCACCAUUCUGGGGUGUGGGGCCUCCUUAAGAAUCAAGCCGUGCGUCACAGGGGGUGGGGGGGUUGCAGAAAAUUUGCGGCGUCGAACGGACUUUGUCUCUGUCGUACACUCAGUUGGUGUGAAACUGCCCUAGGCCAUUACGGUCGUAGGUACAACUGUGUAACUACAAACAGGGUCACGACCCCGGGGUGCUAGGGUCCCUGGGGAACGACCAUCAAGGUAGGUAGAGUUAAAAAAUGAAACUCUACUUAACGACGACAGAACGACUCCCGUGUUUGCCGCCGUGUACCCCCCGUACGCGGACGUCGUGACCACAAGUUUGUCGGAUCAAGGGCGCCAUUCGAUAUUCAUCCCCCUAUGCAUAAACAGUCGAGACUAAAGGGGGUUUAGCCCUUUCCCAGCGUCGCGAUUGAUAUGGCGAGCCAAAUGACUCGACGACCGAAAACUUUUGACUAGGCGGGAAAAACAAAAACUUUUGUUCGUGCUUUUGAAUGAUGCAGAGCAGCGUCCGUCCGACGGGGUGUGUAGGCCGGCGGCUAUCGGCCCGGGCCCGGGCACGCACAAUCUCUGCACGCGCCCGCAGAGAAGCGCUCGCGUCGUGGACGGCCGGGCCGUCGGGGAGGUACGUACGUGUACUAGAAACUAGACUGGAGACUAGUGAUCGAGACGGCUACAUGCAUCACCCCAUCCCCGUCCGACACACGACUCCGUAAACCCCGUAAUUUUCCCCCGAAUAAAGUUGUUGCGGCCCGUUUAAGCGGUGGCUUGCUUGAUGCGCCAUAGCGCAUCCGUAUGUAUAGCUAUUCCCGCUCCCCCCAUAGAUGUCACCGGCAACUUUUCUCGUCCCGAAUCUUGAAUAAUUCUAUCCGUGCAUACGACGACGACGGGUGUGUGUGUGUGUGUGUGUGUGGUGUGUGUAGCGGCUGACGCGGACCGGAGCUCUCGGCCCGGUGCGACUCUGUGGAUCGGGGACCUCCAUGCAGGAGGCCCGCCUACAGGCCCGCCUAGAGGCUCACCAGCGGGUCAGCAGGAUGGUGCUCGCCUCUUGGUGGCCGAGGAGGAGCCGGCGAGGAGCCCGACCAGAGGAGCCGCCCACCACCCACUCCGAGCUCUGCGAGUGGGUCCGCAUCGUGGACGGCGCCGGCCUGUCGUACUUGCUGCUGAUGAUCAUGAUGAACACGGUCGUGUGGUUGUACCCGGCCUUCAUCGCGUGCUCCGGGGCGCGCGCCGUGCUCGCCGACAGCGUCCCGGACGCGCUGCGCAGCGUGUGCGGAGGCUUCGCGAUGUACUCGUCCGGGGCGGCCGCCUUCCUCUGGGCCUUCCGGCGCCGGCCCAUCCUGGCGGUGGUGCGGCGGGCGCUGGACAUGGCCGCCGGCGGCCAGGGCGGUGGCCUCGGGGCGCACGCCGCCGACCUGGAGCAGGACGGGGCGAGGCUGGCGAGGAGCCUGAGGGCGUCGAGCUGGGCGAUGAGGAGGGUGCGGCGGUACGGCUUCACCUACAUCGUGGUGGGCUCGGCCCUCGCCAGCCUGGAGCAGUUCGCCGCCUCGCCGGCCAUCCCGCCCUGCCUGCAGGUCGGGGAGGGCGCCUCCGUGCACCUCAGAAUCACCAUCAGCCUGGCCGAGUCCUUCAAGUGGAGCUGCGGCGCCACGUACUUCUUCAGCAUGUGGCUGCUCAUUCUCACGCUGCUCAUGUUCAUGGAGACGCAGUACGCGCUGCUGAGCGUGCGCCUCAGGACGGCCAAGGGCCUGCGCGAGGUCGCGGAGUGCGUCGAGCGCAUGUCCGAGAUGAUGCAGUUCGAGAACGACAUGAGGGCCAUAUUUUUUACCGGCGUGCUGCACAUGCUGGCGGGCGCGCUCCUCGUGCCGCUCAUCAACACCUACCAGCUGCUCUUCGGGCCCCGGACCAUGUUUUCGGCGCUCACCUUGUCCACGCUGCCGCUCGUCUACGGCUCCAUGUCGCUGCUCGGCGACCGACUCGCGCUGGGCUGUGACGAGGUGCGCUUCGCUGCCUACUCGGGGGACUGGCCGGACGAGGAGCCGCGGGUGCGCCGGCUGCGCGUCAUGCUGAUGCAGAGCUGCUCGCGGGGGGCGCCCUUCGCCGUCCGCGGCCUCGGCGACUUCACCCGCGGCGCCGCCUACCACGUGCUCAAGACGUGGUACCAGUACCUCAACCUGCUCAUCAGCACCGUCGCCUGAGAGCAGGAGGCCGCCGCCACCGCCGUAGUCGAAGAAAACUAUUAUUUUUAUUUGUUUUUCUUAAUUUUUUUAGGCAGUCGAUAUAGAUUGACUUUUACGUUGGAUAAUUCGUUAGCCAGCGCAAACAUAGUGUCAGCCAGAAAGGGUGUGAGCUGGCGUGAGUUGAAAUACACAAGCCAGCGCUCUAAGUCAGUCGCAGCACUCCACACCGGCUUACAAUAAAUAAAGACAGCCCUAGACUGUAAUUUUCUUACCACAAUAA